AUGAAGUUAAAUUAUCUUCUAUUGCUGCUACAAGCAGUUUUGAUAACAGCUACACCAAUCAGUACAUUAAAGAAUGCCUGGUCUGAAACUUACACAACUACAUACUCAACUCAAUUUAGCAAAGUCGGAGGUCUAUUCGGUUUCUUUGCUGAGACUGAAACUACUUUUCUAAUACACACUCCCCGUCGUGCAUCUUCUACAACUAUCCAAAAAGGUGCCACAACUGUUACCGCCCCUACCACUAUCGCCAAAGAUAUUAAAGUCACCAUAGGCUCUGAUGGUGAACAGACUACUAUCUCUACCAUUUACGUUCUAACCCCAGUUAGAUAUGCCACCACUACUUUUAGAUCUUACAGUGACUUCACUGGCACUGUUCCAACAACUGCAUUAUCAACAUCUUAUAUUUCAGGAAAAGAUGGGCUCAACACUACUUUAUCAGUAUACUACGUUGCUUUACCAACUGAUCUAUUGAAAACUACCAAAUAUCAAGAUUACACAGGUUCUGUAACUACUACUUAUUCUACCAGUUACAUUGUAAACUCUAGCGACAACGAAGAAGUUACAAGCACCAUUUACUUCGUUAACCAACCAAGACCAUCAGGUAUCACUUCAUACUUUGGUUAUUCUGGUACCGAUGUUGAAUUUUACUCAACAAGUACUGAAUAUAACUUGGGUUUCAGUAACUUAAUCUUUGGUUUUAUCCCAACUCCUGUUUACUACGUCCAUAUCCCUUACCGUUACUCAUCCACUAUUAUUACCAUGGUUGGUCACGACCCUUCUUCUUCCACUUUCUUAACUCAAACAUCCACUAUCUUGGGUGAUGACGGUGAAUCCACAACCUUAUCUAUUUUCUACGUCAAGUCUCCUCUAAGAUUUGAAACUUCUACUGCAUACACUCAAGGUACCCAGACAGGUUACACUACUACUUUGGCUACUGUAAAAACUUUAGAAACAGGUACUGAUGGUAUCCACACUUCAAAAAUUAUUUACUCAGUUGCCAUUCCAACACAUUUGAAAUAUGUCACUUCUUUUGAUUACUGGCCAGCCACUUUCGCUUCAACUUACGAAACUGAUAUUACCACUACUACUGGUUCAGAUGGUAGUGCAACUGCUCAAACAGUUUUUUAUGUCCACACUCCAAGAAAUCCAGGUGUCACUAGUUUAAUUGGUUACACCGGUACUGAAACCGAAUGGUAUUCUACCAGUGUCGUCUCUGAAUAUGGAUUCAGUGGCUUGAUCUUUGGUUUAUGGUCUACAACCGUUUACUUUGUUCACACUCCAAUUCGUAACUCUUAUGCUACCACUACCAUUGGUACAACUGGUACUCAAUCUGGCACUUACAGUACUCAAGUUUACAGUACUGUUGGCCCAGAUGGUGAAACUACCACUGCUUCCAUCUACUAUGUUGCCUCUAGAAUCAGAGAAGCAACAACAACAAUUUACACCCAAGGUUACCAAACCGACAGCACUAUUACCUUUGAAAGCACUUACAAAAACGUUGUAGGUACUGAUGGUUUUUCCACAACCCUGUUGGUUUACUCUGUUGCUAUUCCAACCCAUAUCAAGAAGGUUACUUCAUACACUGACGGUGGUUCAAUAAUCACUACCUACUCCACUAGUGUUACCACCAUUGUUGGUACCGACAACAGCAAUACUGCUGCUACUAUUUUCUAUGUUCAAACUCCAAGACAUUCAGGUAUUACAUCUUAUGUCCCAUACGCUGGAUCAGUUACUGAAUUCUACUCAACUUCCAUCAAGUUCGAAUUAGGCUUUAGAAGUAAAAUCUUUGGUUUAUGGGAAACCACAGUUUACUUUGUUCACACUCCAAUUCAUGCUUCUACUACUGCAAUCACCAAAGGUUACUUUGGUUCUACUACAAGAACAUAUUUUACAGAAGUCAACACUAUUACUAACUCUAACGGUGAAGAAACUACUAUCAGUACAUUUUUGGUACAAACUCCUUUGCCACUAUCAACUAGAACUGUUUACAGCCAAGGUACACAAACUGGCUCUACAUCUACAUUUGCUACCGAUACUUCUUAUACUACAGGUACUGAUGGAAUUGAAACAACUGUUACUAUUUUCUCUGUUGUUAUUCCAACCCACUUACAAAAAAUUACAUCUUACAUCAAAGGCCCAACUACUGGUAUCACCACUUUCUCAACUGGUUAUACUACUGUCACUGGUUCUGAUGGUUUCUCUACUGCCCAAACUAUUUUCUACGUUGAAACUCCACAAUUGGAAGGUGUCGUUAAAUACACUGCCUGGACCAAUACCUUUGAAUCUACUACCACUAAUUACAGUUUCAGUGUCGGCUUCUUAGGUUUAGUCUUUGGUGUUUGGUCAUAUCCAGUUUAUACUGUAUACUUGCCAGAAGCCUCUCCUAUUCCAAGCAUUUCUACUUCUUCUGGUUAUGUUCCAACAAGUGUUGUUCCUUCAACCAGUAGUAGCAAUGCAACUGAAUCAACUGACUUUACCUCUGAAUCAAGUUUCCCAACUUCUUUUAGUGUCGCUACUUCAGAAGUUUCUACCGAAGCUCCAGCAACCUCAGUUGAGUACUCUUCAGUCGAAGUUACUUCCUCAGUUGAAGCUUCUUCCUCAGUUCAAGUUACUUCCUCAGUUGAAGCUUCUUCCUCAGUUCAAGUUACUUCAUCAGUUGAAACUUCUUCAUUAAUUGAAUUUUCUUCUACAUUUGAAAGUACCUACAGUGAAAUCGAGCCAUCUACUGCCUCAUAUGAAAAAUCUUUAUCUGGUACUGUUUCAGUUCUAUCGGGUUUCAGUUCCAGUUUAGGUUACUUUAAUAAUACCUCUUUCUUUUAA